AUCCGUGCGCGCUCCCGCCUCCUCCGCUUCCGCAUCCGCCAUAAGCGCGAUCUGUGAGCGCGCCCCCGACUUUUCUCCGCUGACAGAGGCCCAGUCACCCGCCGCCGAGCACCAUGAAUGAGGAGUACGACGUUAUCGUGCUGGGGACCGGCCUGACGGAAUGUAUCCUGUCAGGAAUAAUGUCAGUAAAUGGAAAGAAGGUGUUGCACAUGGAUCGCAACUCGUACUACGGGGGAGAGAGUGCUUCCAUUACCCCUUUGGAAGAUCUAUACAAAAGAUUUAACCUCCCUGGAUGCCCCCCAGAGUCCAUGGGACGUGGACGAGACUGGAAUGUGGAUCUAGUCCCCAAGCUUCUCAUGGCUAAUGGCCAGUUGGUUAAAAUGCUGCUUUAUACUGAAGUUACCCGUUAUAUGGACUUCAAAGUAAUAGAAGGAAGUUAUGUGUGCAAAGGAGGAAAAAUCUACAAGGUUCCCUCUACAGAAGCAGAAGCUCUUGCUUCCAGUUUGAUGGGUUUGUUUGAAAAGCGAAGGUUUAAAAAGUUAUUAUGCUUUAUUACAAACUUUGACGAAAAUGAUCCUAAGACACAGGAAGGAGUUGACCCUAAGAAGACUACUAUGCUAGACGUUUACAAGAAAUUCGAUUUGGGGCAGGACGUCAUCGAUUUCACAGGCCACGCUCUGGCUCUGUACAGGAAUGAUGACUAUCUGCAUCAGCCUUGUCUGGAGACCAUAAACAGGAUUAAGCUUUACAGUGAAUCUUUAGCACGUUAUGGGAAAAGCCCUUACCUUUAUCCACUCUAUGGCCUUGGAGAGCUGCCACAGGGGUUUGCAAGAUUAAGUGCCAUUUAUGGAGGAACAUAUAUGUUGAAUAAGCCAAUAGAGGAGUUGGUGAUAGAGAAUGGAAGAAUUGUUGGUGUAAAAUCUGAAGGAGAAAUUGCCCGAUGCAAGCAGUUGAUUUGUGACCCAAGUUAUGUUCCUGAUCGAGUUACUAAAGUGGGGCAGGUCAUUCGUGUAAUUUGUAUCUUGAGUCACCCAAUUAAAAACACAAAUGAUGCCAAUUCCUGUCAAAUCAUCAUUCCUCAAAACCAAGUCAACAGGAAAUCUGAUAUCUAUGUGUGUAUGAUUUCCUCUGCACACAAUGUGGCUGCACAAGGAAAGUACAUUGCCAUAGCCAGCACUACUGUAGAAACAAAUGAUCCUGAGAGGGAGAUUAGGCCUGCUCUUGAACUCCUGGAACCCAUCGAGCAGAAGUUUGUAAGUGUUAGUGACCAGUAUGGCCCAACUGAUUUGGGAACAGAGAGUCAGAUCUUUAUUUCACGCACAUACGAUCCAACAACUCACUUUGAAACCACCUGCGAUGACAUCAAGGACAUCUACAAGAGAAUGACUGGAUCAGAAUUUGAUUUUGAGGAGAUGAAGCGCAAGAAGCAAGAUAUCUAUGGGGAUAACCAAUAGAGAGACCUGCACCAUGUCAGAGAAUUGCUGAAUCAACUACAAAACACACAUUUUGGAAAUUAGGAACACUGUAUGAAACUCAAUAUUGCAAGACCUGCUUUUUGUAAAAACUGAAAGCCAAGAAUACUGCACUGGUAACUGCUCUGUGCCCUGCCCCUGGUUUAUUUCCCGACGUCCCAAUCUGUUCUGCCAUUUCUAGCUUGCUAUGGGAGAGAACUGCCCUUUUUCAGUUUGACUGUAGGAUUCAUUGAUGCAAUGAUGUUCUAUGCCUUCAGUUCUCACAUUUUAUCUUUAUUUUAAUUUAGAUUCUGCUCUGGCUUACUAAAUAAUGCUUUUUUAUAUAUAUCAGGAUUAAAUGAAAUACUUAACCGAUCAUCCGUUUAAUCUGAUUUGCUGUAAGAAGCUUGAAAAUAUUUUGAGCAGCGCCUCACUUACUGCUAUCCCAUCACUGUAUUGGUUUCUGUUCAGGAGCUCCCGGUGUGUUAUUCUUGCAAAGUUUUUAACCUCCUGUCUCCAGCUCGGAAAAGUUUUGGCUGUAGACUCCUGUUUUAUCUGCAAAUUAUUAAACCAUGUCAAUAGUAUUAUGCAGGCAAGGCUUGCAUUUCUCAUCUCUUGUGAUAAAACUGAAAAGCAGUAUUGAUUUGAUUGAGUCCUACCCUCAAAUGUUUCUUGAAUAGAAAUUAAAUUGAUGUCUGUACUGCGAAGUAAAGCCAAAUUGUGGAAACCUG